AUGACAGGCUCAUCCACAAUCGAGGUCUCGCACCUCGACACGCGCCUUCCAUCCCCCACUCUCCCCAUCGUCCUGCGCACCAUACAGCCCUCCGACGCCGCCCGCCUCGCCGCCCUGCUCUCAGACCCUGGCAACGCGUCCGACCCCAACGCCGCGCCCCUGUCCGCAACAACCGCCUCGGAGCUCAUCGCUCGGCAGCGCCUCUCCGCCUCUGUGCCCACCGUCGUCGACACCGCUCGCGGCGCCGUCAUCAUCAGCGGACCCUCGCGCGUCAACAUGGUUAUUGAGCUGCUACCGGACACCGCGUCGUCGUCGUCGUCGUCGCCGCCGCCGCUCGUUAUUGGUCUUGGUGGCUACGGCGCCAUCAAGGAGCUCGUGCGCGACGGCAAAACGAUCCGCGCGGGGGACGUGGGCGCCAUGAUUGAUCCCGAGUACAGGGGGAAAGGGUACGCUACGGAGGCGAUGCGGCUGGCGAUUGACUGGGCUUUUGCGGAGGCGACGGGGGGUGGAGGAGGGCUGCAGCUGGAUCUGGUGACGGUGACGACGCUCGAGGACAAUGUGGCCAUGGUGAAGCUGGCAGAGGACAGGCUGGGGCUCAAGGGCCGGGGCACACGCCGAGCCUGCGGGGAGGAGGGCGCAGAGGGCAAGACGGAGGUUUACUACGAGCUGACCAAGGAGGACUGGUAA